GCCCCAAUCUCGGCGACCCACGUAGAGUGAGAGAGAGAGAGAGAGAGAGAGAGAGAGACAACUAUGGGAGACGAUGAGAAAGUGAAGAACGAGGCUCUCCAGAUAAUCGGGCAACACCAGAACUUGCCCACUCUUGUCGUCUUCGAUCUCGAUUACACUCUCUGGCCCUUUUAUUGCGAGUGCUGCGAUGAGGAUGAAAUGCCAUAUCUCUAUCCACAGGCCUCAGCCAUAUUAUAUGCUCUCAAAGACAAGGCCAUUUCCAUGGCUGUUGCUUCAAGGUCUCCAACUCCUGAUAUAGCCAAAUCAUUCCUUCAAACAUUGGGCAUCCACUCCUUGUUUGUGACCCAGGAGAUUUUCUCCAGUUGGACUCACAAAACAGAGCAUAUUCAAAGAAUUCAUGCAACCACUGGGGUGCCAUUUAGCUCAAUGCUUUUCUUUGAUGAUGAGGAUAGGAAUAUUCAAACGGUAUCCAAAAUGGGUGUGACAAGCACUUUAGUUCGUAAUGGGGUGAACCUUGGAGCUUUGAGGCAGGGAUUGUUGGAAUUCUCUCGAAAGUCAGCUUCAUCUAGCCGGAGGUAGUUGAGUUAGUUUGCCCCCCAUUUCGGAACUGUAAUGCUUAGUGGCAUAUGUAGUUGCUAUUGUUAAUACUUCAUACGAAUGAGAAUGUGAUGUAUUGUAGCUCAAAUACGAAGUUUAUACAUGCUUGUGUACCACCAAAUGUAACUAUCAUUCAUAGUACUUCAGAUACAUUCAACUCAUUGACUUGUCAUUGGCUAAAUGGUACCAGAUUCUUAUACAGUAUGUUGGAAGAAUUCAUUUAUGUUAUCUGCUUUGAAA